AUGGGUCCGAUUAGUUUUAAUGGCACUCUUUUUCUAGAAUAUGAUAACAACUCUGAAAAUCAAAUGUUAAUCUUUUGGAACCCAACUACCACGGAAUUCAAGAUCAUUUACUAUGAAUCUAAUUGUUCAGGGGUUUGGUCCGAUCAUUAUCAAGUUGGUUAUGAUUAUCUUAAAGAUGUCUAUAAGAUGAUUAGGCGCACUCAUUGUCGUCCCAGAAGUAACCAUGGGAUUUCUUCCUUCUGGGAGAUAUUUACCCUAAACAAUAACUCUUGGAGGAAAGUUGAUGAUGAUUUUCCUCAUUCAAGUUUUGUUUACAGAGAAGUAUACCUGGAUGGAGCAUCUCAUUGGUUGGAUAAAACUUGGUUGGUGUCAUUUGACUUCAUCAAAGAAUCUUUCAUUACAACCCACAUACCUUUUGCUAGAGAUAUUUCUUUCUGUAAUUACCGUAAUUACGGUGAGAGGAUACUAUUGACAGUAUUAAAUGGAUCUAUUGCUUUUAUAGUAAAUUAUGAAGAGACAUCUACUUUUCAUAUUUCAAUUUGGGGGGAACUCGGUGUAAAAGAAUCAUGGACUAAACUCUUUAUUAUUGGGCCUUUGCCUUGCCUUCAGUUUCCGAUUGGAAUAGUUGGAUUAGGGAAGAAUGGAAAUAAAUUGAUUAGAAAGGAAGACAACGAAUUAGCUUGGUUUGAUUUAAGUACAGGGACAAUUGAUGAUAUUGGAGUUACAGCGCAAUCUCAUUGCAUGAUAUUAUUCCAUAAAGAAAGCCCUCUUCCAAUUGGAGGAAUAUAUAGUAAAGUUUCUUCUUGUUUUUCAGCUGCAAGAAAUAUGAUUCAAAUGCACAUCUUCAAGAGUAUGUCACAUGCAGCAAAUGCCGAAUUCAAGCUAUGGUGUGUAGCAGAUGAACAGAAUAAUGGUGGUUCUUGUUAUUUUAGGGGUGCUGCCAUGACAACAGAACUUGACCCCAGUAGAUGGCAUACAGAAGAACAACAUAAGAGGAGUGAAAAAAAGAAGUGA